AAUAUUAAAUAAGUACAUAAAUUGAAAACAUUUCAUUUUGUUACCUCUGUCGGUUUUUUACCUACGGUUAACUUCUGCGAAAUAUUACACAUUUUUAAUCUAAGGCCGUUCUAUAAAUGUUUGCGAUAGUCUAUGACCUAUAGUGAUUGCGUCGUGAUAAAUCGAAAAAAGAAUUACGGUUUUUUUAACGAAGCUUUUCAAUGUAUAUUAUUAAAAACUGCUUGAUUUUCAUGUACUUUCUAGUUUCCACAAAUUAAUAUUCUAUCAAAAUCUGAAGUAUGAUAUGUAAAUGACAUCUUGUUGACGCGGGUAAUUCAAAAUGUCAAUUCGUAUCGACAAAUAAAUAUUUUAAAUACAUUCAAAAUCUAUUAAAUGAUUCAGUCCAAGCACAUCGGGAAUGGUUAUAAAAGUGGGCAUAAAUGGUUUCGGCCGCAUUGGCAGAGUCAUUUUCAGAACGUGUCUCCAACAUCCUGAUAUUGAGUUAUCUGCGAUUAACGACCCGGCGAUCGACAUUGAGUACAUCUGCUAUUUGAUAAAGUUCGAUUCCACCCACGGAAAAUUCAAAGGGAAUAUCUCACACACAGAAAAUGAAAUUACAAUCGAUGAACGAACCAUCAAAGUUUUCCGGGAGAAACUGCCGCCGAGCGUGCCGUGGCAGGCUGCGGGUGUCCAGUAUGUCAUCGAAGCUUCUGGAAUGUUCACCUGCCUCCAGAAGGCGUCGGGUCAUUUAGCAAGUGACGGUGUGAAGCGCGUGAUAGUAACAGCGCCGAGUAUCGACGUCCCGAUGAUCAUAUUAGGCGUGAACGACAAUAAGCUAAAUGCAGAGCAAAAAGUGUUAUCAUGCGCGUCCAGCACGCUAUAUUGCCUGGCUCCGAUGGUCAAGGUUCUAGAAGAGAGUUUCGGUGUCACCGAGGGUUUUAUUACGAGUAUACACGCCAUGACGCCAUCCCUCAAACCUUUAGAUGGCCUGUGCUUGAGAGGAAAGGUAAAAUCAUUGCUAUCUAGAUGA